AUGGUAGAAGCAGUCCGUGAUACGAUUCUUUCGGAAAGCCAUCACGAAUGGCCAGCGCUCGGAAUGGAAGCGUUAUCCGAAAGCAACGGUAAGAAAUCAGUAUCUAUUGUGGAAGACGCCAACGAAGAUUGGGAACUUUUGGACACUAGUUUAGAUCAAGAAGCCGUGUUUGUCAUGAGUGACGAAGCCAUGGAACCCGCGGCGAAGAAUCCCAAACGACUCAGCCACUGUGCAUCUUCACCGGACCUCCGACGACGAGGGUUGACGCAAACAAUCGACGAAGAAAAUAUUGAAGACGAUUUCUCGUUAGUUUCACAACCGGGAUCCGUCUUGUCCAUGACUACGACGGGAUUUUCCUUCAAAGACGCAAUUCUGUCGCCCGCUGCUUCCAUCAACGGAGAUUCGGAGCAAACCGAAAUACCAGUGGAAGGAGGUCUUCCGCGAAAGUCCUUGUCUCCCCAGCGUAUGAAAUCAAAAAUUGUCGUCAAGCCUAUUCACCGUUGUGCAAAAUCGAUGGUAGACUUACGGUCCCUGUCACAAAUUCAGGAAGACGACGACGAGGACGAAGUCUUGGGCGCAACGGAUGCCAUGGACUUUUAUCAUCGCAAGGCUUUGGGAGCCAAAGGGCGGUCCAAUGGAUUAAAACUACGACCAGAUGAAGCAAAACGUAAACAGAUUACCAUGCAUAAGAAGAAUUUGCAAAGACAAGCCAAUACAAGCAGAGGUUAAAAGAAUCAUAUACACAAUCAUUACAUUUC